CCGAUUUUUGUGACCUGGUGACCUGACCUGAGAAAACUGAAAACUGAAAUUUUCAGGGAAUAGGUACAUCAAAAGGAUGCCCCAGAUUUAUUACUUCUCCCUCCUCUCCCAUGACUGGAAGAUUUAGUAGGUAAUUCCCGCCUCUCCUGUGACUGGCUGGUUUAUUGACUCCCGCUUCUUCCCGUGACUCUGGCAGAGUGACCGUCGGUGAUGUCCGACCAGCGAUCCUCAGUCUCGCCGUCCGGGGUCGUGCCCACCCCGCACGGCGUCGGUCUGCCCCGGGGCAUACAGCACCAGGCCGGGCCCGGGCCGCCGCUGGCCCAGCAGUACCCGAGCAUGGCCAGCCAGCAGCACCACUGGCAGAUGGCCCAGCAGCAGCAGCAGCAGCAAACCGGAGGAUUUCAGCAAGGCUCUGACGGCGGUUACGGCAGCCUGCAGCACCCGUCGCCGGCCGGCCUGUCCCAGCACUUGUCCCCGGGCGGUGACCCGGCUCACUCCCUGCACCCGUCUGGACCGGGCGCGCACCACCAGUCGGCCGGGAUGACCCCGCCGGCAGCCCCGGCCACCAGCCUGCCGCACCUGCCGGCGCCGGCCGGCCCCACCCACCACUACUCGGGCGGACAGCACUUCGCGCCGGGCCGGCCGGCAGCUCCACCGGCCGGUCCACCGGCCAGUCAGACCGACCAGGAGCAGGCCGCGCCCGGGGAGUACAGCCUGGGCGCCCUGCACGCGGCUAUUACUAACAUGGAGGAGCGGGGACUGCAGGAGGACCCGCACUACGCACAGCUGCUGGCCAUGCGUGCAAAGCAGCUGCAGAGCCAGCAACAUCAGCAACAGCAGCAGCAGCAGCACAUGAGCCCACAGCAGAUGUCACAACACAUGCAGCAUCACCAGCAGCAUCAGCAGCAGUCCCUGCCACAGCAGCAGAUGCCGUCAAUGUCACAACAGCAGCCGAUGUCUCAACUGCCGACGUCACAACACCAGACCAUGGUCCAACACAGCAUGCCCCAGCAGGCUGUAUCAAUGUCACAACAACCCAUCAUGUCACAACAACAACCCAUCUCACAACAAUCCAUGUCACAACAGCAGCCAAUGGCUCAGCAGGCAAUGUCUCAGCACCAGCAGCAUCAGCCCGCGCCUCAGAUGGGUCAGCAGCCCCAGCAGCAGCCGCCUCAGGCCGCCCAGCAGUCGCCCAACGGGUACCGGGCGCCGCCGCCGGCCGCCGCCGCGACGGGAGACGGCCGGCCGUCCCCGGGGCCGGACCGCGCCUCAGCCAGCGUGUUCCAGCAGCCGCAGCUGCAGCAGCUGAAGGCACAGAUCAUGGCGUACCGACUGCUGCUCUGUAACCAGCCGAUACCGAGCAACUACCUGAACCUGGCCAUCGCAGGAAAGCGUCAGGCCGAGCAGCCGUCUCCACAGCGGCCGGCGGCUCCUCCACAGACUCCUCCCCAGCUGGGUGUGUACGGUGGCGGCCGACCGGCGGCGGGGGCGGCUGUGUCGCGGCCGUCCGGCCCUCCGCUGACCGCCCCGCCGGCCGCGGCUGGCGGACCUCCGCCGGCGCCGCCCGCCGCUCCGUCUCCCGGUGCCGUGCCGCGCGCUCAGGGACCGCCCGCCGGGCCGGCCGGGCCCGCGGCUGCCGCUGUCCCUGCAGCAGGGCCGGCCCAGGUACCGCCGCCGGCCCAGCCCCAGCCGCACGGAGCCAUGCAGCCGCUCAAACAGAACCGGGUGACCCCCGUGCGUCGUCCUAGCGGCCUGGACCCUCUACUUCUACUAGACGAGCGGGAGACUCGCCUGGCCGAGCGCAUCUCCCUACGUAUUAACCAGCUGAGCCUGCUGCCCGGCGAACAACUGCCGGAUGAUGUGCGCAUGCGCUCUCAGAUCGAGCUGCGUGCGCUGCGGCUGCUAAACUUCCAGAGACAGCUCCGACAGGAGGUACUGGAGAUGACCCGACGCGACGCCACUCUGGAAACUGCCACAAAUCUGACUGCCUACAAACGUAAGAAGCGCCAGGGCCUGCGUGAGGCCCGCAUCACGGAGAAACUGGAGAAGCAACAGCGAUAUGAGGCCGAGAAGAAAAAGCGGCAGAAACACAUGGAGUACCUGGCUGCGGUGCUGCAGCACGGCAAGGAGCUGCGCGAGUUCCACAAGGCCGGCCAGCUGCGACUACAGAAGCUGAACCGCGCCGUGCAGGUACACCACGCCAACACGGAGCGCGAGAAACAGAAGGAGCAGGAGCGCAUCGAGAAGGAGCGCAUGCGCCGCCUGAUGGCUGAGGACGAGGAGGGCUACCGCAAGCUGAUCGACCAGAAGAAGGACAAACGGCUGGCGCUGCUGCUGCAGCAGACAGACGAGUACAUCGCCAACCUCACAGAGAUGGUCAAACAGCACAAGUUCCAGGCGGAGCUGCGCCGUAAGAAACUAGAGCACGCCCGGGCCCGUACCGAGGGGGACCCCAGCCAACAGAGGGUCAUCGUCACCAACACGGAGAGCGGCCUGACGCUGGCCGGAGAGCAGGCGCCGCUGGCUCACGAGCUACAGGCCUGGCUGGCGGCCCACCCGGGCUGGGACGUGGUGCCCGACCAGAACCUGGACGAUGAUGAGGAAGCCGGAGAGGAAGGAGCCACGGAGGAAGAAAAGGCUGGAGAAGAGGGGGAGAAGGACGGAGGAGAGGGGACGAGCGAGACCACCGUCAAGACCCACGCCGUCGACGACGAGUAUAAAAAGGCUGAGGGGGAGGCCAACUACUACAGUAUCGCGCACGCCAUUCAUGAAACGGUCACCGAACAGGCUUCCAUCAUGGUCAAUGGAAAACUCAAGGAGUACCAGAUCAAGGGUCUAGAGUGGCUGGUCUCACUCUACAACAAUAACCUGAAUGGCAUUCUGGCUGACGAGAUGGGUUUAGGCAAGACGAUCCAAACGAUCGCGCUCGUCACCUACCUAAUGGAGAAGAAGAAGGUGAAUGGGCCGUACCUCAUCAUUCUACCGCUGUCCACCCUCUCCAACUGGGUGCUCGAGUUCGAGAAGUGGGCGCCCUCGGUGCGCGUGGUGGCCUACAAGGGCUCACCGGCCGCUCGGCGGCACAUUCAGAACCAGAUGCGCGCGUCCAAGUUUAACGUGCUGCUCACUACCUACGAGUACAUCAUCAGAGACAAGGCGGCGCUCUCCAAGAGCCGAUGGAAGUACAUGAUCAUCGACGAGGGUCACCGCAUGAAGAACCACCACUGCAAGCUGACGUUCGUGCUGAACACGUCGUACAACGCGCCGCAUCGGCUGCUACUGACGGGCACGCCGCUGCAGAACAAGCUGCCUGAGCUGUGGUCGCUGCUGAACUUCCUGCUGCCGUCCAUCUUCAAGGCGGUGUCUACGUUUGAGCAGUGGUUCAACGCGCCGUUUGCCACGACCGGAGAGAAGGUGGAGCUGAACGAAGAGGAGACGAUUCUCAUCAUCCGCCGUCUGCACAAGGUGCUCCGGCCGUUCCUGCUCCGCCGGCUCAAGAAGGAGGUCGAAUCACAGCUCCCCGACAAGGUGGAGUACAUCAUCAAGUGCGAGAUGUCUGCGAUGCAGCGCCUGCUCUACCGACAUAUGCAGAACAAGGGCAUCAUGUUGACCGAGGGGAAGGCCAGCGGAGGCGGCCGCGGCGGAUCCAAGGCGCUCAUGAACACAAUCAUGCAGCUGAGGAAGCUGUGCAACCAUCCGUUCAUGUUCCAGCACAUUGAGGAGGCGCACUGCAAGUACCACGGCUUCACCGGUAACGUGGUCACCGGCCCUGACCUGUACCGUGCGUCGGGCAAGUUCGAGCUGCUGGACCGGAUCCUGCCCAAGCUGAAGCACUGCGGCCACCGGGUGCUGCUCUUCUGUCAGAUGACGCAGCUGAUGGCCAUCAUGGAGGACUACCUCAACUACAAGGGAUACAAGUACCUGCGACUGGACGGAACCACCAAGGCGGAGGAGCGCGGCGAACUGCUGCGGGCCUUCAACCAGCCCGACUCGGAGUACUUCCUCUUCAUGCUGUCCACGAGAGCCGGAGGACUGGGACUCAACCUGCAGACGGCUGACACGGUGGUGAUUUUCGACUCGGACUGGAACCCGCACCAGGAUCUGCAGGCGCAGGACCGCGCUCACCGCAUCGGUCAGAAGAACGAGGUGCGCGUCAUCCGACUCAUGGCCGUCAACUCGGUGGAAGAGCGCAUCCUGGCCGCCGCCAAGUACAAGCUGAACAUGGACGAGAAGGUGAUCCAGGCGGGCAAGUUCGAUCAGAAGUCGACGGGUACCGAGCGGCGUCAGAUGCUGCAGAGCAUCCUCCAGGACGAGGAGGUGGACGAGGAGGAGGAGAACGAAGUCCCAGACGAGGAGACGGUGAACCAGAUGAUCGCUCGGAACGAGGAGGAGCUGCAGAUUUACCAGCAGCUCGACCUCGAGCGCCGCCGGGAGGAGGCCAAACUGGGCACGGCGCGCAAACCGCGGCUGAUUGAGGAGAGCGAACUACCGGACUGGCUUGUGAGGGACGAGGCGGAGUUGGACGAGCUGACCGCCGAGGAGGACAAGGAGGAUUUGUUUGGCAGGGGGAGUCGGGCCAGGAAGACGGUGGAUUACUCGGACCAGCUCAACGACCGCAACUGGCUGAGAGCCAUCGGGGCGGUGGAUGAGGACGGUAACGAGAUACUCGAGGACGAGGAGGAGGAAGAGGACACGGGAAAGAGGAAGGGUCGGCGCAGCGGCGGCGCCGCGCGCUCCUCGGGACCCGGCCGGAAGAGGACCAGAGAGGACGACGAGGAGAAGCCCAAGAAGAAGCGCGGACGGCCCAGCGGUGUGCAUGUCGUCAGUCCGCGCAUGCGCAAAGCGAUGAGGAAGCUGAUCCAGGCGCUAAUCGACUGCUCCGACCCGAAUGACGGCCGGGCGUUGAUCGACCCUUUCUACAAGCUGCCUUCUCGAAAGGAGCUACCCGAUUACUACGAGGUCAUCCGCAAACCAAUGGACGUGCGGAGAAUCGUGCACAAAAUUGACGAGAGCAAGUACGGCGAUCUGGAUGAUCUAGCCGGCGACAUUAUGCUCAUGUGUAAGAACGCACAGCAGUACAAUGAGGAGUCGUCGCUGAUCUACGAGGACAGUAUCGUUUUGGAGCGGGUGUACCACUCGGCGAGACGCCAGGCCGACCAGUACCUCGCCCAGCCGCCCAGCGCUGACGCAGACGAACCCGAUGAGGAGGUCCGGCCCAGGCGCGGCCGCGGGCCCGCCAAGAAGCGCCGCAAGCGCGUGGUCGACGAAGACGAUGACGAUGACGAUGCGGCGGAGGCCGGCUAGCGCGCCUGUCCACUGCCAGAGUCUGUGUCUGUGCCUGUCCAGUGCCUGAGGUCACCGGGGAUCUGAUCCACCGCCGAGCUUUCAGCGACCGAGUGUCGCCGCGGUGGACGCAGCGACGGUGUCCGUGUGUGUGUCUGUGUGUGUAUCUGUGACGUCACGUGUGUGACGUCCGGGGUUCGGCGGUAGCGUGCCGUGCUUUGUUGUGCCGUAGCUUAGCUUCGGGUGGCGUGCGGUGCGCGCGCUGGCGGCGGCGUGUCCGCGCGCGGGCGGUGGCGGGAGCGGCCGCGAUACGCGGGCGGGAGCUUAUUCUGCUGAUUGGUUGGAGCACGCGGGUGGAUGGGGAGGGGGG